AUGACUGGAAGGUCAACUUUCUUCAUCAAACUAAACAAGUAUGAUAGAGGUUUUGUGACCUUUGGAGAUGAUAGAAAAGACUGUGAUGCAGGGAAUCAAGCUCAAAAGGACAAUGAAACUGCACAAAAUCAUGAAAAUGAAAAUUUUAGACAAACUGAACCAGAAACUGCAGCUGCUAAAAAUUCAACAAGAGACAAUUCCAUUUUGUCUCAUGAAUCUGAAGAAAAUCCUGAAACCAACAGUUUCCUGAAUCCCUUGGUGAUUGAAUCUGCCUCCAAGUCCACUAGACCUUGUAAGAACCGGAAGUCCUCUUGCAAGGUUAAUAUCCAAGCUAAGGCCAAAUUAAUCACAUGGGAUGAAGCUCCAAUGAUAAGUAAGUAUUGUUACGAAGCUUUAGAUAAAUGCCUCAGAGACAUCUUAAGGUGCUCAGAUUCGUAUAAUGCUCAUUUGCCAUUUGGAGGUAAAGUUGUUGUUCUCGGAGGAGAUUUUAGACAAAUUUUACCUAUAAUUCUCAGAGACUCAAGGCAAGAUAUAAUUCAGUCUUCUAUUAAUUCUUCAUAUUUGUGGCAUAACUGUAAGGUUUUGAAGCUUACAAAAAACAUGAGAUUGUCACUAAGUGAAAACAACAAUAUACAAGAACUCAGAAAUUUUGCAGAAUGGCUACUCAAAAUUGGUGAUGGUUUGGCUGGUGAUACAACAGAUGGUGAAUCGAUCGUUCAUAUACCAUUUGACAUUUUGAUUAAGAACUCUGAGACAGUUUUGGAUGACCUCAUUGAUUUUGUGUAUCCAAAUAUGUUAUCCAAUUUAUCCGUUGAAAUUUAUUUCAAGGAUAGAGCAAUUCUUGCACCAACUUUGGAUUUUUGUGUCACUGAUGUCAACAACAAGAUGACUGCAGGGCUACCUGGACAAGAAAUAGUCUACUUAAGUUCAGACUCUGUGUGUGCUGAAGAGGGAAAUAUGGAACUUGAGUUAGAUGAUUUCUCGCCGGAGAUUCUAAAUGGAAUAAAUUGUUCAGGUCUACCACCACACAAGUUGGUUCUGAAGGUUGGCGCUCCUGUUAUGUUGCUGCAGAAUAUAGACCAAACUAAUAGUUUGUGCAAUGGAACGAGGAUGCAAGUUAGAAGAAUGGGAAAUCAUGUGAUAGAAUGCAAGACUUUAACUGGUAACAAAGUUAGAAGUAUUAUUCUUAUCCCAAGAGUGAAUCUAAUUCCAAAUAAUGAAACAUUGCCGGUCAGGUUUCAAAGAAGACAAUUCCCAAUUAUCAUGUCAUUUGCAAUGAUAAUAAAUAAGUCCCAUGGACAAACUCUAUUGAAACUUCCAAGGCCAGUUUUCACCCAUGGUCAAUUGUAUGUUACGUUAUCAAGGGUAACGAGUAAAGAUGGUCUGCGAGUGCUGUUGCAAGAUCAUGGACACUUGGAAGAUAAUUGCAUGAUGAAUGUGGUAUAUAGAGAAGUUUUUGAGAGCCUAUAA